AUGGGAGACGCGCCGGGCGGUGUCUGCGCGACCGAGCUGCCCCUGCGUUUGAUGCCCGUGGCCGACGCAGCACUGCGCCCGAUGCCGGGCCGAGAAGCUUUGCGGGUGGCUGAUGUCGGUUGCUACAAAGCCUUGUUGGCCCUGCACCUUGUGCAGCGCGACGCCAGCGUGUGGGUGCUCGCAACAGAUUUGGCUUCCGGGCCUCUGGAAGUAGGUCGCAUGCUGGCACGCGCCUUGCCGACCGACCAGUGCCGCCGUAUUGACUUCAGGCAGGGGGAUGGCCUGUCCGCACUAGACCCGGGCGAGGUGGACGUGGUAUGUGCAGCCGGCAUUGCAGCAGGCAAGCUGUCUACCUGGAUCCCCUGCGCCGCACAGUUUGCGCAGCGCCUCGUGCUGCAGCCCAGCGUGCCAACCUCUCCCGAGGCUAUGAUGGAGCUGCGCUGCCGUAUGGCGGACUUUGGUUGGGCUUUGCAGGAUGAGUUGCUGAGCAUCGAGAAAGGUGGCAUUUGCCUCACUCUCGUGGCUGAAGUUGCUACUUCGAGCUUCUUGCGUGAGGCAAUGCCGCUCCUGCCCACGGCCCCACGGUCCAGGAUUCGCCACACAUUACAGACUGGCACGGAGGAUGAUCCUGAAGUCGAAGCCUUCGUGGAGCUCCUCCAGGAGUAUUUGGAAAGAACCGGUCCUGGCACGUUGAGGAAGGUACUGCAGGAGGAGCUUGAUUCCCUGAACGCCCUGCGCCACGAGCACGAUAUGGAUGAUCAUUGGGGCGAGUUCGUCAAGAAGAGCUUGGACUUCGAAUCGCAGGAUGUGGGGCAGAGCUGGCAGACACCAGGACGGGGCUUUGCGGGAUCUCCGUGCCGCUGGCGUGAAGCGGCUGCUGGGCCAUUGCACGAUGAGUCCAUCGAGCUGGACAGCUUAAAGAUCCAUGGCUCGCCGCUGUCUGCCGGUUCGAGCCCGAACGGAGCCUUUCAGAGCCAAAGUGGCUACGACGAAGCCAAAGCAGUUUCUGCCGUGCCUGAAGGCUUGGACAUCCUAGUGACUCAUGGGCCUGCAGGCGAAGGAGCACUCGGCAGGGCGAGUGAACGCCUCCAGGUGCGGAUCGACGAGGUGAGGCCGCGAGUGCACAUCUUCGGGCACUAUCACCUUGGUCAUGGAGUCGCGUGCAAGGAUGGUGUCGUACAGGUGAAUGCCUCAAGGGCCCAAGCUCGUGCAUCUCGCUGCCUCGUAUAG